CGACGUAAUUUUCGCGCGAAAUGUGUUCUUGUCCGGGUGUUGUCUCCAGACCGUCUCUGAACUUGUUCUGUCCUCGACCCGGGCUGUGAGUUAAAGCAGAUAAUCGGCUCCGUGGCGGAACGCAGGUCUGAUAUCAGUAUCGAUUAGUGAUCGAUCGGUGUCGGAGCGGGAUGAAGUACUCCAGCAGGCUGCGGGUCCGGCGGGUGUACCGGUGGUGCGGGGAGCCGCUGAGCUUCAACAGGAAGCUGAAGACACACGAGUACCGCUCGUUGGCCAUCAGUGUGGAGGGUCUCCCGAGGACGACCGUCAUCAGCACCGGCCAGCACAUCCUGAUCGAGGGGGACGAUGAAGACAACCCGUACGUGGCCAAAGUGGUCAAACUGUUCGGUGACGAGAGCGGGACGCAGAAGAAGGCGGUGGUUCAGUGGUUCGCCCGUGUGUCUGAAGUGCCUUUGAGCAAGCUGAAGCUGCUGGGCAGAGAGCCUCACCCUCAGGAGAUCUUCUACUAUGAGGGUCGCAGCUGUGACGACGAGGUCAACGCCGAGUCCAUCCUCAGACCUGUGCAGGUGAAGCACCUGGACGGAGCAGCUCCGUUCCCGGACUCUGUCGACAAAGACACUCUGUAUGUGAAGCUGUCCUGGGACUCCAAGACCUUCAGAGCGGUGGACUCUGCUCUGGUGGAGCAGGACCGGCCUCCCUGUCCCAAACCCUCCCUCCCCCCCUCCCCCCCCUGCUCCCCUCCCGCGGCGGCUCCGGGAGCUCGAGGCCCCUCUCGACGGGCCCUGCCGACUCCGGACCUGGCCGUCCUGCGCCGGGCUCUGUCAGGAGAGGUGAGACGCGGCAGGGCCACGAUGAGCGCGGGGAAGGCCGGCGCCGCUGAAGCCGAGUCGCUGCACUCCGCCACCAAACUGUCAGCGUCAAAAUGUCUGAGCGCCAAAAGGAGGGACGCCAGCGCCAGGACGCCCGGCGUCCGCAAGAAGCUGGAGCUGAGCGGUCCGGACAACAAGUCGAUGAUCAGCGAGGACGUCCUGAGCCAGCUGCUGGACGACGAGCUGGAGUCGGAGGUGACACUUGCUCAGAGGAUGUCGUCCUCUCCCCCUCAGGCCACGCCCCUCACCCACAGCCUCACCCCCCUCAGGAAGGCCCACAGAGCGCCCGCCGCUCAGGACGCCUUCUCCCUGAAGCCCGCCGUCGUCAUCAACAAGUGGUCUCCCUCUGACAUGAGUCCUGCAUCGGCUGCCCGGGACGACUCCAGCAGGGAGCUGUUGGACAAAAGUCCUCAGCGGGGUGACGUGACGGAGGCGGGGUUACCCAACGGCUCGGUCAAGACGCCGAGAAGGAGGAACGGAACACCGAGGAGAAAUUAUACGACCAGCGGGCAGAAAGCUACCACUCCUACUCGGAAAAAGGAACCGAAAACCCUGAAGGAGCCGGCCCUCGGAGUCCUGGCUGAAGUGGAUCAUGAAAACUCUCCGAUGUUGCCGGUCACCACCACACCGAGGAGCUCGAAGAGGAAGUCGGCCCAGCUGGUGUCGUCUCGCAUCAGAAAACAGCUGAAUCUUCUGGAGAACCAGCAGGACCUGAACUCAGACGGAGAGGACGAGGACGAGUUUGUUCCCUCCAAGAAGGAGCUGCAGAGCAGCAGCGAGGACGACGGUGACGAGGACGAGGCAGCGUUGGAGAGUGACGAGGAGGUUGUGUUGAAAAAGGGCCGACAUGCUGCGUCCGGGCCUCGCACUCCUCGCUCGAAGCAGAAAACUCGCUCCUCGACCAGAACGCCACGAAAAACUCCCAACAAGAAGAUCACACCCGGCACGCCGCGGACUCCUCACCGCGCCACUCCCAGCAUCCCCAGCAGGUCGCUGCCGGUCCGACAGCCUGCUAAUGUUCUGGAGGAAGCCAGAACCAGGCUGCACGUGUCCUCGGUGCCGGAGUCUCUGCCCUGCAGGGAGCAGGAGUUUCAGGACAUCUUCAGCUUUGUGGAGAGCAAGAUCAUCGACGGAACAGGAGGGUGUAUGUACAUCUCAGGUGUGCCCGGCACGGGGAAGACGGCCACGGUGCACGAGGUGAUGCGCUGUCUGCAGCACGCGGCCGACGUGGACGAGAUCCCUCUGUUCCACUUCAUCGAGAUCAACGGGAUGAAGAUGACGGAUCCUCAUCAGGCCUACGUCCAGAUCCUGCAGAAACUGACGGGUCAGAAGGCCACAGCCGACCACGCAGCGGCUCUGCUGGAGAAGAGAUUCAGCAACCCGGCGCCCAGGAAGGAGACCACGGUGCUGCUGGUGGACGAGUUGGACCUGUUAUGGACCAGGAAGCAGAACGUGAUGUACAACCUGUUCGACUGGCCGACACGGCGUCACGCUCGCCUGGUGGUGCUGACCAUCGCCAACACCAUGGACCUGCCGGAGAGGAUCAUGAUCAACAGAGUGGCGAGCAGACUGGGUUUGACGAGGAUGUCUUUCCAGCCGUACAGCUUCAAACAGCUGCAGCAGAUCAUCAUGUCGAGGCUGAACAAGGUGAAGGCCUUCGAGGAGGACGCUCUCCAGCUAGUGUCCAGGAAGGUGGCCGCACUGUCGGGCGACGCUCGCCGAUGUCUGGACAUCUGUCGCAGGGCGACGGAGAUCUGCGAGCACUCUGCUGCCAAGCCUUCUGCCACAGGAUUGGUGGGGAUGAGUCACGUGAUGGAGGCGCUGAACGAGAUGUUUUCCUCUUCUUACAUCACGGCCAUCAAGUGUGCGUCGGUGCAGGAGCAGCUCUUCCUGCGUGCCGUCAUCGCUGAGUUUAGGAGGCUGGGAUUGGAAGAGGCCACGUUCCAACAGGUGUUCGUGCAGCACCAGGCUCUGUGUCGUGUGGAGGGUCUGCAGCCCAUCAGCGUGUCGGAGGGCCUGGCCGUGUGUCAGCGUCUGGGCGCCUGCAGGCUGCUGCUGCUGGAGCCGAGCCGCCUGGGAGUCCUGCAGCGUGUCCGGCUCAACGUCAGCCAGGACGACGUGCUCUUCGCCCUGAAGGCCGACUGAAGGAGAGACCCUCUACAGGCUGUCUGUAAAUAUUAUAGAUACCUGAUACUUCAUGAUUGAUAGUGUUGUAUAUGUAAUUUACCACGUUGUGCUCUGUGCUUUAUUUGUCUUAUCUGUCAUUGGUUUUUAGUUUUAGCCUCUUUUGGGGGGAUUUUCACUGUAGAAAUAAAAUCUACCCAAAGACCA